GAGAGGAAAAAAAGGAAAGAAAAAAAGAAAAAGCCGAGAAGAGCUUAAAACUCCCUUUAAAGACCAUUGUAGAGACAGUGGAUGUACAUUUAUUGGUACACUUCAUCGAUAUUUUAUAAUCAUGCUUUCAAAUAUCUAGCCAGCUAUCCAUAUUCUCAUGGUAGAUAUUUGAAAUAUUUGCAUUUUUUGUAUUUGUAUCAUACAGACAUAGGCUAGCUAGCAGGCUAGCUGGAAGGCUAACGAGCUAGCUAGUUAGCUAGCUACAUUUUCUUUUUUGUUUGUUGAUGAGAAUGGCAACGACGGCCCUGUACGCGUGUACGAAGUGUAACCAGCGGUAUCCGUUUGAAGAGCUUUCACAGGGACAACAGCUGUGCAAGGAGUGUCGGAUAGCUCACCCUAUUGUAAAAUGCACAUACUGCCGGUCGGAGUUCCAACAAGAAAGCAAGACAAACACUAUUUGCAAAAAGUGUGCUCAGAAUGUCAAACAGUUUGGAACACCCAAACCUUGCCAGUACUGCAACAUCAUAGCUGCCUUCAUUGGUACUAAGUGUCAGCGCUGCACAAACUCGGAGAAGAAGUACGGGCCCCCGCAGACAUGUGAGCAGUGCAAGCAGCAAUGCGCGUUCGACCGCAAGGAGGAGGGCAGAAGAAAGGUGGACGGGAAGCUGCUGUGCUGGCUGUGCACGCUGUCCUACCGCCGUGUCCUGCAGAAAACCAAGGAGCAGAGGAAAGGACUCGGCUCCUCCCACUCCAACUCCUCGUCUCUGAACGAGAAGGAGCACCACCCCAGACACCACCACCACCACCAUCACCACCACCACCACCACCACCAGCGACACAGCAGCUCACACCACAAAUUGAGCAGCCUCAGCCCAGAGCAGGACCAGGGAGUUUGGAAGCAGAGCCAUAAAUCCUCCUCAAUUCAGAACGAAACCCCAAAGAAGAAACCAAAACUGGAGACUAAGCCAUCGAACGGAGACAGCAGUAGCUCCAUCAAUCAGUCGAUGGACUCAGGAGGAACAGACAAUUUCAUCCUGAUCAGCCAGCUGAAGGAGGAAGUGAUGUCACUGAAGAGACUGCUGCAGCAAAGAGAUCAGACCAUACUAGAGAAGGAGAGAAAGCUCACAGAGCUGAAAGCUGACUUCCAGUACCAGGAGUCUAGCAUGAGGGCAAAGAUGAACAACAUGGAGAGGGCACACAAAGAAGCGAUGGAACAGCAACAGACAAAGAACAGAGAGCUGAUGAAGCAGGUAGCAGCCCUCUCUAAAGGAAAGAAGUUUGACAGGGCAGGAAACACACUGCUGCCCCCAUGAGGAUGCCACUGGGACAGUCCCACAGGACAGAGUAAAGAGGAUUCACUGUGUAACACUGUGAAAGCCUGAGGUGGUCUCUCCUCCCUUUGUUUUCCAUCAUUUCGCCAUUCAUUUUGUUAUUUUUUCUCAUUCAGGAUCACAGGUUAAUGCAUCAGACCAAUUCACGUUGCUCCACCUUGAAACAACACAGACAUGUUCUCAUAUACACAUACUUCCUACAUUUUCACAGUCUCACACUCACACUCACACUCACACUCACACUCACACUCACACUCACACUCACACUCACACUCACACACACACACACACACACACAGGAGAGGGCCAUGGGCACUGCCCGUCAACAAGGAAACACUAUGGCAAUAAAACCAAGCUCGCACAGCUGAAUGACUUGAAGUGUGACAAACAUCUCAUGUUGAGUUGCCUUCAUUUCAAUAUGCAGUUAUACAUCAAUUGUGUGUAUUUCUUAGCUUCUCAUCCAGAGUUCAGUGCUAUCAUGUAUUGUAGAAUAAUUUGCUGUACAGCUGUUAACAGCAGUGUUCAGUUGUUUGCAUUAUAACUGCCCAUAGUGUUUUUUAUUAUUUUUUUGUUCCGUAAGCCAGCAAACAAUCUGUUCAUGGACUGUAAAUACACAACAGGUAUGUUAGUUCAAGGAAGCUCCAUGGUUUUCACUUCGGAAUGCAAGGACAGAAUUUUAGCAGAUUUUGCAUGUUGAUGGCCCUUUUCAGGCAUUCUCCAGGUAUUUUGUAUUUGAUUUUAAUUUUGUAAUUUAUUCAGACUUUUUCACCACGAUGCAAAACCUCACAGGACUGCUCACAUCUUGGUUAUAUUUUCAAAGUGGCUAUAAUCAUGUAUUUGAAACUCUCCCGAGAACGGUGCAGAUGGUAUCCUGAAUGCGGCGUUGAGCCAGAAUGGCGGCUUUAAUCUGGGUAUGCAAGUUUGUGACUUCUCCCUCUUUGAUGACCCUCCGCUCUCUCUGAGAUGCCGCAAACAAGGAUUGGCCCGUUUACUGCAUGUCUACACCAGAAGAAGAGCCACUCUGCUGAUUUCAGCACCUUGGACUGAAUCUGCUGUCACGAGUGCCGUUAAGUCAUAAGUGCGGAAAAGCAUUUCUUUUGGUUUGUGCUCCCAAGUCUGGUCACAUGGCAAACUGACCCUUCUGCUGGAUCCAUGCACAUACUGGCGUUCCAGAAGGGGUUCGGAUGGCAAGAGGCAGAUGGGGAAACAAUCAGACCAGGUCUACAAGUGUCAAACCACCAAGGAAAUCAAGCUUAUGAUAUUCAUAGGAAAUGGACUUUUAAAUCCGUUUUUAUUGGAGUUUUUUAGUUUGUUUUUUUUUUUUUUUGUAAUCUU